AGAGUGAACUAGUAACUACCGUGAUAUAAAUGUUCGUGCACAUUGCAAAUUUUAAUUUCGAUUUUCGUUCGUAUCCAACGGGUUAUAUUAUUAUGGUGUUGUAAAAUGUAAAUAACGAUUUCGGUUCUGUAUACUUUUGAUGAUUGUUGUCCAUGUAAUACUGUAUUAGUUUUAUUACGGAUAUUUCCUCAAUACCAUGGACGUGGAUUCCGAAAACGAUUUUUUAGAAGAAGACUACUAUUCUGUGUUAAACUUGCCCAAAACUGCCACACAGGAAGAAAUUACUUUUGCUUAUCGGCGAUUAAGUAAAAUUUUCCAUCCCGAUAAGCAUGUGGAUGAAAACAAAAAAAAAGAUGCUGAAAUAUUGUUUAACAAAGCUCAAAAAGCAUAUGAAGUCUUAAAAGAUCCACAUCAAAGAGCAAUUUAUGAUUGCGUUGGUGUCAAAGGAUUAAAAACCGAAGGAUGGGAAAUUGUUCACAGAACAAAAACUCCACAAGAGAUUCGAGAAGAGUAUGAAGCUCUUGCGAGAGAUCGCGAAGAAAGAAUGUUACGUUCACGAACAAAUGCUAGAUGUAUAUUUACAGCUCAUAUUGAUGCUACAGAUAUCUUUGAACCUAAUCAAUAUUUGGAAUAUGAUGAAGAUGUGGAUAGUUAUAUAUACAUACCUUCAAUUGAAAUGUCGUCAAUGUCUAUGUCCAUGUCUACAGAAGCGCCUAUCUCGUUGCGAGAUACUAUUGUUCUCAGUGGAAAUAUAUCAUCCCGAUCGGGCUCAGUAUCCAGUAGUUACAAGAGGCUAUUAAGUACUAAUGGCUGGGUUAAAUACGACAUAACUGCUGGAAAUGGACUUCAUGUGGGUGCUAAAAUAUUCAAAAUGAUAACAAAAAAUGUAUUCGGUACUAUCGAGGGCAGUCUUAGUGAUCUGAGCAGUGGACAGCUGAAGCCCAUUGGUCGUGUUAUGUUGGGUACUAGUCUGGGGAGUCGAACUUCUGGCUAUAUAUCUCUUGGUGGCCAAUUGUCGUCAUUGAAACACACUAAUCUCUCCACCGAAAUAGAACACAAUACCGAAAAAAGUUAUUGUAUGUGUAAGCUAGAAGUAGGAUUUGCCCCAGCUAUUAGCAUAUUAUACACAUGGAAAUUCAUUGAACAGGAUAUGUUGUUAAGAAUAUAUGUCAAAGCUGGUAUACUAAAUUCAAAACUAGAAUAUGGAGUAGAAAAAAAAGUAUCAAAAUUUAACACAUUUGCUGCUACUGUUCAAAUUGAUGUAUUAAAUGGAGUUACACUUAAAUUAAAAUUUGUUAGAGCUGGUCAGACGUACAUUUUUCCAAUUCUGCUUAGUCAUGAUAUAAUUGCAGCACCAAUAUUCUACGCUACCUUUGUUCCUUUCGUUUCGUGGUUCGUUGCUAAAAAUAUAAUAUUGGACCCAAUUAUGAAAGAAUACAAAAAUAGAGAGAUUAACAAACAACGUGAAAUGAACAAAAAACGAAUGGCCCAACUACGCCAAGAAGCAUUAUCGGCAAUUAACCUAAUGAUGGCCACCAUGGAAAGAAUAGUAAGAGAAGAGACUGAGAAACGUGGAUUAAUUAUUAUUCUAGCAAGAUAUGGCAACGCUGAACUGAUAAGAAAAUCCGGUCAGUCUUUUGACGAGGGCAGCACAUUACAACCAAAUAUCAUCGAUGUAACAGUGCCAUUACAAUGUUUAGUCAAGGAUUCACAACUUAUACUUCAUACCACAACCAAAAGCCAACUGCCUGGAUUUUAUGAUCCGUGUAUUGGAGAAGACAAAGUACUAAGCGUUAAGUAUAUGUAUAGAGAUUUAGAUUAUGAAAUUAUAAUAAAUGACAGUGAAUCUUUAAGAAUACCAAGACCACGUCCACAUUUAUCUAGAACGUCCACUCCGCCUUCCUAGUUAACCCAUUGAAACAGUUGUAAAAAUUAUAGUCCAAUGAUUUAAAUUACAACUACUUGUUUUUGUGUUGACAUUUUUGUUGUUAAAUUUUGGUACAUUGUUUGGUAGAAAGAAUUUAUAAAAUUGUUUAUUAUAAAUGUUUUUUAGAUUGAUAACAUUUCUCGGCUACACAACUACUUAAAUCUUUGAGUUAACCUCCAAGCAGUCACGUCUUUAAAAAAUCUCGUUGGCGUUUGCACUGCUGUGUUACACUGCCUUUUAAUUUCUGUUUGACAAAAGUACCAACAAUCCCAGUGUUAACACCACUCGGAGGUUAAAAGCAAGUUCAAACUAUACAUUAUACAUUUGCCAAAAAAUAUAAGCAAAAUGCUCCAUUUCAUGAAAUGUAGCUGUCCACCAUACGUGUAGCGGACAUGGUUGACAGUUUCUUUAAUUUUUGUUAUUAAUAUAAUUUUUUCUUUAGCUGGAUUCGUGUAAACACAUACUACAGCAUCGUCCAAGUUGUUAUAUUUUAGCCAGCCAUUAAUAAAUAGAGAAUUUGAAUCUGAUGCAAUGAUAACAUCAAAGUUGUUUUCGUGGAGUGAUCUAAUUAAUUUCGGCAUGCCUUCAAUUGGACACAUGUUGGAGACGGUAUCAAUUAUUUCUUCCGGUGAUGUUCCCAAAUUGUUCAGUGAACAAAAUACUUGUUGCAUAUACUGCGUCCACUUACCGGAAUAUGUUUUACUAGAUUUUGGAACAUCCUCGGAGGGUAAUAAAUCUCGAGCAACGACAUCAGAGUUUUCAUUGACUAUUGUAUGAUCAAAAUCAAAUACUGCCAACAUUUUUCCAGGUUCCUAGAAAACGAUUGUUUCCUUAACAAUUAAAUAUUAAUCAUGGGUUGAGUCAUGAGUACUUAAGCGCCGGAAGUCAGAUGGCUUAAUAUAAUUUUAAUAUGUGUUUGCCCCAACAGAAGACAAUGAGGGGGUGGAAGAAGUUCUGACCUUAUAAAAACUGAAAGCUCCCUUAGAAUUUUGAUAAAAGUUAAAAACCUUACUUGAUGGCUGUGCCUGAUUGGUUGCGGACAUUUUUUUUUGAGCCUGAACAAGUUUAGGAUUUGUUCUUUCUUUGCCCCCCUAGUUCACAAUAAGCCCGAUGACAUAUCAUAGAUAUAGUAAACAAGUACAUAGAUUAUGGUUUCCUUAACAGCUAAUGUAAUUGGCAAGCCCGUAUGGCUAUUAAUUGUAAUACAAGAAAUAUCGGUGACAUAAUUUCUGAAUAAUCUAAAUUUGAUAGACCGGCUAAUCUUCUACAAAGAAGAACUUUGAACAAUGACCAAACAAAUAGCAUCGCCGAGGACCAAAUAGUUCUUGUAACUGCUUCUUUAAUGUGGCCUUCAAUGUAUAAGCGAAUUAGUACAAUUAUAUUGAAAUAAAUACAAAGCGCGUCGGCAACAAAAAGUGGUGAAAACACUAUCCACAUGUCAUAGGAGUUGGGAGCAGAUGAUGCAAAAGCUAUUCCAUCCAGUCGAAGUGCCAAAAAAAUUGUGAAUAUUAGCAAAGCUAACAAAUGAACUAGCAUUUCGAAAAUUGUUAACCCAAGCCAUCUGACCAACUCUUGCAAUGCAAACAGCAUUUUAUUUGGUUAUUUUGAUGUGAAUAGAUGAUAGUGAACGCUUUCUUGCUUCGUAGUCGUCGUCGUCAUUCAAGGGUUCUAAAAUAUCUAAGAAAUAAUAAUAUAAUAAGUUUUUAUUAUUAUAUUUUAAGACUGCUGGUCGUUUAGAAACAAACCAUUAAUAUCUGCUGUAGAUGUUUGCACUUCCAAUUUUAUUGUGUUGUGAAAUUUUUGUUGAAGUUCCAAAGCAACUGCAAUUGUUGUAUUGAUUGAUUUUCCAAGACCGUUAAGUAUUAAAACAGAAUUAUCUAAUUCGAGAUGUUUAGCUGCACGAGUUAAAUGACACUAAAAUACAUUUUAAACAAAAUAACUAAAAUUAUGUUCAUAAAUUAAAAAUAUAUAAUUCACUAUUUUCAUUUCUUAUGGAAACAUAUUUAUACAUUAAAUAUCUGACUGAGAUUUCUCAGUAUUUAACAAUAACAAAAUAGGAAUAGUUCUACAACAGGUGUUCUGUGGGAUAUUUGAGACUGGCAGGAGUGUAUUCACUAUAAUACGAACAACAUAUAUCUAGUUGUUUAAGUUUGAUAUCAUACUUCUUUAUACUGUAAUUCUUUUUCCAGCUUUUAAAAUAUUGUACUUAAUUUAUGACGACUACUGCUUGAAAAAACUUAAGUAUCACUUAGGUGCAAUUGUUUUGGUAUGAAUAAGAAAAGAAAUAAUAAAGUCUUACCUGAAUAGGUGUUUUUGAUGACACAAACAAUUCCUUUACCACGCAAUUUUCUGAUCGAGUUUCUGGUAAAGAUGACAUGGAUAAUUUUAAUCGAUUAAGGUUAUUAAUAUUAAAAUACUUCAAUGGUAAAUUGAUUUGUGUGAAACGUAAAUUAGUAAUAAUACAAUAGCAAUUGCAUGAUAUAAAUGAGUAUAAAAUAGUAUUAUUAACCGAUAAUUUUAUUUUUUAUAUUUGUAUCACCGAUUGUUAUAAGCUAAAAUUUAAAAA